AAAAACUUCAUGAAGAAAAAAAAACAAAAAAAAAAGAAAAAGAAAAAUGAAAAAAGUUGAAAGAAAAGAGUUUAAAAAAAUACUGCAAACAAAUAUGAAUUGUAAAAAAUGUGAAAAACAUUAAAAAAAAAGAUAUACAUUCCCCACCCUUACCCAGCAUCCAUCCACACCAAAGCAACUUUUUUCUUACAUACAAUAUACACACAUAUAUAUGUAUACGUAUAUAUAUUAACCUAUUAUAUAUCUAUGUAUGUACAUAUAUUAUAUAUACAUAUAUAUAUAUAUAUAUAUCUAUAUAUAUAUAUAUAUACACACACAUGUGUGUGUGUGUGUAUGUGUGUGUGUAAGUAAACCCCAGUAAACAUGGAAGUACAGAGAAGGAAGAAAAAGAAGCGGAAAAGUAAUUUUGCCGCGUCUGAAGUGUCGGCCAUUAUGGAGGGCAUAGGUAAACGUAUGUCGACCGUAAAUGCCAAAUUUACUGAUAGCGUGACCAAUGCCAAGAAAAUGAAAGCCUGGCAGGAAAUAGCUGAACUGGUGAACACCGUUUCCCCCGUGGGCCGUUCGGUGGAGGAAGUGAAGAAGAAAUGGGAAGACAUGAAAACUCGCACCAAAAAACGAGCCAUGGAGGUACGCAGUGUCGCCAUGUUGGGUGACGACUCGCAAAUACGUUCCUACCUCACAGAGUAUGAAUUACGCGUCCUCUAUCUGCUGGGGGACCCGAUUGUAAGCAGUUAUGGAGGAAACAGUAAUGGAGGCGCAGCAGGCAGUAAUGGUGGUGGUGGUGGUGGUGAUGGCAGUAGUAGUAGUAGCAGUAACAGUAGUAGUGGUGGAGGUGAUGGCGGUGGCGGUGAUAGUGGUGAAUGUGGUAGUAAUGGCGGCGUCGUUAAUGUUGGUGCUGGAGGUAGCAACGGCACAAAUGGAGGUUUACACAGUGCUUCGAAUUCCCCCAGCACCACAACCACUACCCCCGCCGCCGCCGCCGCUGCUGCCGCUGCCACGGCGCCUGGCGGUGGAGGUAGCGUCGAACAAACUGGUAGCACUACAACGACAUCAGCCGCCAACACCACCACCACCACAACCAACAACAGCAUCCCCACAAACUACACCACCACCAUCACCACCACCACUAGCAGCAACACCACCGCCAUCAACAACAUCAACAGCAAUACCACCUCCAGUAUCAGCAGUAGUACCGCCACGUCCAUCAUCAUCACCACCAACAACAGCAUACUCAGCACUCCAAUCCUCAGCCCCGCCAUAAAUUCGGUCUCUCAAUGUAUGGAGGAUACAAUACAAACAGUUCCAACAGAUAUGACAAUAGGACAUCACCGCCAAGUAAUCACUCUGAAGUUAACUUCCUUCUUCAUGGGGUCCCGAUAUGUAUAA